GGGGGGUGCUGCCCGCCGGCCGUGCCCAGCCACCGCCACGCCAGCCCUCGGGCUCCUCGGUGCUGUCCUGCAUUGUUUUAUUGGGGCUCAUCUGUGGUUGCGUUACCUCUCCCGGAACAGAACCAAGCCGUCGCUCCCCGCACCGACCCCCGCGGCGGGCUGGAGAGGCUGAUGCGGCCGCCAAGGGAGAGGAUAGUGGUUAAAGCUCGAGCUGGAUGGAUGGGUAUGGGGAGAGGGGCAGGAUCCACAGCCCUGGGACUUUUCCAAAUCCUCCUUGUCUUUCUCUGCAUCUUCCCUUCAGUGACAUCCCCAUGCAAGAUCCUCAAGUGCAACUCUGAGUUCUGGGCGGCCACGUCAGGCUCCCACCACGUGGGCACGGAGGAGGCGCCAGAGUUCUGCACGGCGCUGCGAGCCUACGCACACUGCACCCGCCGCACCGCCCGCACCUGCAGGGGGGACCUGGCCUACCACUCUGCUGUGCAUGGCAUAGAGGAUCUCAUGGUGCAGCACAACUGCUCCAAGGAUGGACCCACCUCGCAGCCCCGGCUCCGGACAUUGCCCCCUGGGGAUAGCCAGGAGCGCUCUGACAGCCCUGAGAUCUGCCACUAUGAGAAGAGCUUUCACAGACACUCGGCUGCCCCCAACUAUACCCACUGUGGGCUCUUCGGGGACCCUCACCUUAGGACUUUCACAGACACUUUCCAAACCUGCAAGGUGCAAGGGGCUUGGCCGCUCAUAGACAAUAACUACCUGAAUGUCCAGGUCACCAACACGCCGGUGCUGCCUGGCUCCGCGGCCACCGCUACCAGCAAGCUCACCAUCAUCUUCAAGAGCUUCCAGGAGUGUGUGGACCAGAAAGUAUACCAGGCAGAGAUGGACGAGCUGCCCGCUGCCUUUGCCGAUGGCUCCAAGAACGGUGGGGAUAAGCACGGAGCCAACAGCCUGAAGAUCACCGAGAAGGUGUCAGGCCAACACAUAGAGAUCCAGGCAAAGUACAUUGGCACCACCAUCGUGGUGAGGCAGGUGGGCCGGUACCUCACCUUCGCUGUGCGCAUGCCAGAGGAGGUGGUCAAUGCUGUGGAGGACCGGGACAGUCAGGGCCUCUACCUGUGCCUCCGUGGGUGUCCGCUCAACCAACAAAUUGACUUCCAGACCAUCCGCUCGGCUCAGGCCACAGAGGGCCGUGCUCGGAGGAAGGGGCCCAGCCUGCAGGCCCCCCCUGAGGCCUUCACAUAUGAAACAGCCACAGCCAAGUGCAGGGAAAAGCUGCCUGUGGAGGACCUCUACUUCCAGUCUUGCGUCUUUGACCUCCUCACCACAGGGGACGUCAACUUCAUGCUGGCUGCUUACUAUGCCUUUGAGGAUGUGAAGAUGCUUCACUCCAACAAAGACAAGCUGCACCUCUAUGAAAGGACACGGGACUUGGCCCCUGGCAACAUGGCUCCUUCAGGGAUGUCCUCUGCCCUCUGGGUAGCACUGCUGUGUUUGUGUCAGUGCUGGUUGUGCUUGUUAUAGAGGCUUGUUCCUUCUCACCAUGGAGAGUGGGGAAAGGGGAGCAGGAGGGAACCAGGGAUGAGAUGGCAGUGCUGGACAGUAGGAGGCUGGAUGUCAGAGCUGAAUAGGUUGCUCUCAAACCUCUCUCUGGCACCAGGUCUUGAACCUUCCCAGCUCUUGCCUGGGAGGAAUGUGCUGCCAGUGGGAUCAGUCAGGAGCUUUUGCUGGACUCUAUCUUGUCUGGAUGUUCCUCACAUGCACCUCCCCUUGUCUUCCUCCCAGUAGUGUGGGUUCCAAGGAGCCCCCACCUCCUUGUAGCACUUCCCCAGGUCCCAAAAAUGCACGCGGUGACUGUGACAUUGGCGUGUAUGAGCAUGGCUUUGUCUUCAAAGAGCAGAGCCUGCAAGGAGGGUGCAGAGGAGCCAGAUGGGGCCAAGCCUGGCCAUCACAACAGGGCUGGUGUUUCUGUUCGUUGGGGCCACGCUCUGCUUUUCGGGCAUGUCUGUCUCUGCCUGUAGCCCCACUGCUGCAGAUAGUGGUGCAAGGGGCUGAAAUAAUGGUGAAUGGUGGUCCCACACUUGCCUGGCCACCAGUGCCAGGCAUCUUUUGGGUGGAAGAAGGACAUGUUCCUCAGGCUUUGGCUUGCGUUUGCUGUGGUUCAAAGGGCAUCUCCCAUUUUAGCCAGUUCACUUGGCUGAUUCACUCAGUAGUUUUACUCCUGGCUCCCUUGUCUCUGCCUGGAUCCACCGAGGACUCUUGAUGGCAAUGGGAGAAACCUGGCCAGUAUUCAAGUGGUUUCUGCAACUUCUACCCAGCAUCGGAUAAGUUCCUCGCACCAUUUGCUCUCCAGUCCCCUAAAGCUUGGCUGCUCAGUGGGGGACCCAUUCUCCUGCCCGUGGCUCAGCCAGGCCCUGGGAUGGAGCAAGAGCAUCACGCUCUCUUUGUUUGCUGCUAGGUCUCUGCUUCGCUUCUCAUCCUGGGGCCGUGACUUGCAACCCCAUUGCAGACCAGUUGCACCUUAAGCCCUUCAGGGCUUGAAUUGGAAAUGGGGCAAUCUUAGAAAUCCAGCCAGGAGAUGGGAUGCAGCAGAGGACCCCCUCACCCCCCCCACCCCAAACUGCCUCCAAAUGCCUGUUCCCUGCCUUGAAACCAUUGAUAAUCCCCUUCCCUUACCACAUAGUGCUACCGAUUUCCUCUUCAUGUUCCUCUGUGGUUCACCUGUCGCUCACUGAACAAACAGCAAGACCACCUUUGGUCUGUGCCUUGGAGACCUCCUGAUGGGUUUCCCUUCCUUUCCUCAGGGGGGAAGCUCACAGAAACAAGCCACAGAACACUCUUGGGGGCACCUCCUGCUCCCAAGGGAGGUCUCUAGGCAUGAUGAGACAAGUUAGCACCAAAAGAGGUGGGAACAGGCUAUGUUUGGCAGUCUGAACUGCUGCCAAGAGGCAGCCUGGUGUAAAUACUCAACGUGACUAUUCAUUGUGUCCUAACAGCUCUAGAGCUCCAUUUGUAAAGCAGCAGAGAAAUGCAAAAUUGUGUCAAUGGAUGUAAUUUAUAUUGUCUCUUUAAUAUAUAGAGCCCUGGCAUUGAUCUCGUGUGACUGUACAGAUGAAGAGAUGUAAUUGGUUUUUAAAUGUUUAAGGAAAGAAAAGAAACAAAAAAAAAAAGAUGUGUUUACUACUUUGCUCCUUGCUUUGUUUGCUGGUGCCCCAGGUGUUCUUUUUAGGGAGACUUUGAAAUAAGGAUAUCACAGUUUGGAGGCUCUGAGAGCAGCAACCACUGGACCGCGGCACAGGACAGUUUAGUUUCCCAAUGCACUGACUGCUCAGCCAGGCUCAUUUGGACUUCUUGUUUCUUUUGUUCAAGAAAGAACCAAGUUUUUGCCUUCCCUAGAGAUUUAAAAUGCAAGAUUUGGCAUUGGGUAAGAGGACACAUUGGUUUCUUGCUGUGUUACCCCAUAGGUAACAGCAGAUGUACAAAUGCCUCCUGAAAGCAGUCUUAGCUGCCCAAGCCACAGCUUGGCAACAAGUCAGUGCUUCCCUGCAAACCUCCCUUUCCUAUAAUGCAAUCACCCUGCAUUGCAAUUGUGAUGCACUGUGGCUCUGGGCUAAUUUCCAGCCAAUCCCGGCCUACUUGAUCAUGGGAUGGCUCAGUCCCACUGUCCAGGUGAGCGUUCCAGUGGUGGCCAGCUGUCAUACAGUGCAUGGGGUAUCCCUAUUUUAGAAGCAAACAGUGAAGCACUUUAUUUUGGUUGUGUUUGACCCAAUUCUGAUUAAAGGUGAAGUGUGGCCAAGAAAGACCCGAUACUUGGAAACAAAGCAGAUAUAGGAAAAGGGGGGUGAGGGUGUGUUAGGAGAAGCCCCCUCACCUCCUCCCUGAGCUGAGACCCACGGGAGUGUCACCGCGUGUAUAUACUGUAAAUUAUUUAUUGAGAGAAACACAAGUAAAGUUUGAGGUUUUUUGACAAUAAAUGAGUGGGUCUUGGUUUGUUA